UUCAAAUUCUCAAUUUCCUUGUUGGAGGUGAAGACUGAAGAAGAGGCUGGUGGAUAGCUUUGCUCAUAUUCUUCACUACUGGGCGGGUUUCUUAGCUGUGCUUGCUCUUUCUCAUCUAUACAAGAGAGACGCAGACUGAAGAAGAGGCUAGUGGAUAGGUUUGCUUGUCUUCUUCACUACUGGGCGGGUUUCUAAGCUGUGCUUGCUCUUUCUCAUCUAUAGAAGAGAGACACAGAGGUGAGAAAUGGCUCUGGAUGUUGUUGCUUCGGUUGGUGAACAAUUGGUUGCCCCAGUUAGCCAAUUUGGAUAUCUGAUUUUCUAUGACAGAAACAUUAAGAAUCUCAAAAAACAAGCCCAAAAAUUGAAAGACAGAAGAGAUAGAGUACAAGUAUCAGUUGAAUAAAAAAAAAUGAAUGGGCAAAAUAUUGAACCUCGUGUUGAGCAGUUGUUGACUAGGGUGGAUGAAGUUUGCAAAGAGACUGAAAGAUUCCUUCGAGAUGAAGACAAAGGGUGGUGUAAAAAUUUGAAAUCACGAUACUCAUCGAGCAAGGAAGCUAAGAAGAAGAUUCAAGAUGUGGUAGAGCUAUAUGAAGAUUUAGGAGACUUCUCUAGUGCUCCGACGGGGAUCGCAUUGACAUUCAUAUCCGCCAGAGGUUUCAAGGGUUUAGAAUCUAGAAGAUUGAUUAUGAAUGAAGUCAUGGAGGCACUAACAGAUGAUAGUAUCAAUAUGAUUGGGAUAUGUGGGAUGGCAGGGGUUGGUAAGACAACAUUGGUGCAAGAAGUUGCCAAGAAAGCAAAAGAAAAGAAAUUGUUCGAUGAAGUUGUGCUGGUAGAAUUGUUCGUAGACCCAAACUUGACUGCUAUUCAAGGUAUAAUAGCUGCGCAGCUGGGUUUUCGAUUCAGUGAGAAAAAUUUACCUGACAAAGCAAGGGAGCUACAACAAAGAAUAUUGAGUAAGAGAGUCCUCGUAAUACUAGAUGAAGUUUGGUAUAAACUUGAACUGAAAGACAUUGGAAUUCCUUUUGGAGCUGAUCACAAGAGUUGCAAAAUUGUGCUGACUUCAAGAAAUGAAGCUGUAUGCAACGACAUGCACACUCAAAAGAAAAUUACAGUUCAAGUCUUACCUGAAGAUGAAGCGUGGAAUCUCUUCAAAGAGCAUGCUGGAAUUUCUGAUGAAGACGAAGGUAGCACAAAUCAUCUACGGUCCACCCAGAUAGCAGUUGCGAGGAAAUGUGGAGGUCUGCCUAUUGCUAUUGUUAUGGUUGGAAAGGAAGUCAAAUCGAAUGGUACAGAUGAGUUUUUAUGGGAUUCUGCUCUUGUACAAGUGCAGAAUUCUAUAUGCGAAAGCAUCGAUGGAGUGUUUACACCUCUGCGGUUGUGUUACCAAUAUUUUCUAAGUGAGGAAGCCAAGAAAUGCUGUGUUAUGUUCCUUGUUUCCAGAAGAUUCUAGUAUUCCAA